UGGAUGUAAAAUGUACAAUUAAAAUUGGACUGUAACUCCAGUUGCCCAAAGGUAAUUUGGCAUAUUGAGGACCCAAAACCUUCAACAGUGAUUGACUAUACAAUAGCCAGAGUUCAGGGUACACGAGGACAAUAUUUUGAACUCUGUGGUCUUCUAGGGUGCCCUGCAAAACUGUUACAACAACGCAGGGAAAAAGCCACUUAAGGAGAGAAAAGAUCAAGAUGGUCAGAAAGAGUACAAAGUCAGCAAAGCAAGCUUCAGAUAGGCUUCAGAAUCUCCAUGUGAUAGUAUAUGGUGAGUAUCUAUUCCUUGUAUUCAAUUCCAAAAACACUAUAAGUACAGGCUAAAUGUUUGGUUAACUCAGUUGAUAACAGGAUGUCCUUCAGAUAUGCUGAACUUGCAUCAAACUGUUCUUUAGCGUAUCGACAGAAAAAAAGUCAACAAAUUGUCAUAUUUAGACAUUUUCCCGACUGAUCAAUUAGACAUCGCUUUUUCUGUUUGAGAUAUUUAUAGGAGCUGAUUUUGGACUGAUUCAUCCUCAGACAGUAUGGACCUAAUGUAACAUGUUCACGAGUGGAAAUAAGAUAUCAAUAUCCCUUUAUAUCACCGUUGUUUAGAUAAGGAAACGUUUGAAUAUGCCAGGUACACCAUUCAGAUACCAGGUGUUACGACACAUGCUAUAUAUUUUUAGGUAAACAUCUGCGCUGCAAUUCUGUAAAUAAAGUCACGUUAAUCUUUCUACUUGUUGGGGAGCAACUACAGCUGUCGGUAAGGUGACUGUUACAGAAUUGAACACAAAGACUCGUGGAAGUACCACAAUCACCACUGAGGUUUUUAAUCUUAUAUUUUACAAAUGAUUUAAUGUAUGGUCUCCGUCUUGCCUUUCAUCUCCAUAGUUCACAUCCAUUUAGUAAUUGGAGCACUCAUUUAAUUGUUAUCCCCCAAGGUGCAGCCAGCCAAGUCCGGUACCCCAGUGCAGGAGCUCCAAUCUGCAGUGUCGAACACAGUGGCUAAUCUACAUAAGCAACCCAAUAAGCUCCUCUACAAGCUUUUCCUUCCCUCACCUGGGUGCUGAUGUCCUUUCUCCAGAGGAACCAGUGGAUGUGUGAAUGCUGAGUUUGAAGAAGAACCCAUUUUCAUGGAGCGAGAACAAUAUUACCGGCACUCCUAAACACCCGCCCCUGAGAGACGAAGCCUGGAAAGCCCAAGGCAGAGGUGUCCAAGCAGGGGAAGACUGGCAGUGUCUCCCUCACAGCCUUCGUCCCCACAGAGGGACAGAGAACUCACACAAGAUACAGUCAUCAAGAAAGGCUGUUAAUGUACUGUAUUCUCUCGGGACAUAAAGAAGAUUGCUAUGAAGAGCAAGGCUAUGAAGAGCCCCAUUCCACACCUGGAGUUAGAGAUGAAGCCUGGACAACAAACUGAUAUCAACUCUCUGCUCUCUCUGGUGGAGGACAUCAUCCGGCAGCAGAACCGAGCCAGUGGAGAGUUCUACACUGAUGCCUCCAAGAAAGAGGGAUCGCUCGUUCUCUCAUUAGAGGUAGCCAAUCUAAAGUAUUAGUUAAAAAUGUUAAACUCUGUCUGACCCACAUAUUUCCUAUGCAGCUCUGUUUUCAGAGACCAGCCUGUGUGGGAGCCCUGAGAAGACUGGGGAUGGGAGCCAGAAAAGGAGCAACAACAGCCAGUAUCUGUACAGGCAGCUACACCAUGUAGAGAAGGAGUUGAGCCUACUGGGACCCUCUCGUUCCCCAACCCAGACAGCUACUGCCGGGCAGUGCAGCAGGUCCAGUGCAUGAAGGGACUGCUAGAGUCUUCCAGCCUGGGAUGGGAACAGCUGGCUCGAAGCCCAGGCCAAGCAGAGAGCAGUGAUGGGGACAGUGGCAGUAAAAAGCGCUGUCAAGGCGGGCUUCCCUGGUGGUUUGCGUUCAUUGGCUGGAUUCUGGUGUUAGCCACCAGCGGAAUAUCAGGAUACUUCACCAUGAUGUAUGGGUUGACCUAUGGGAAGGACCGCUCUAUAAGGUCGCUUUUUCAUUCACUGCACCUAUUGGUUAACAUGCAUGUUCAAGGCCUAUGAUUCUGUUGCAGCCUACAUGGGGUUCAUGUGGAUGUUGCUCCUGGUGGCAUAUGGCCAGCGGGACCCUAAUGCUUACUUCCUGACUCAGCACAUUCGGCAGAGUUUCAGCCAAGGGAUCUCAGACAGCAUGAGUCACAAAGAUGUGUUAACCUGGGCCAAUACCUCCCUUCUCAGCAACCUCUUCGGAGAGUACCCAGGUUUCAUCACUGAUGGGAACUCCAAACUGGUUGGUAAUGCCCGACUUCGCCAGGUGAGGGUGCAGAAGAACUCCUGCCGCAUCGCCCGCUCCAUGCGCCAGGCUGUACCUGACUGCCAUGCUCCACACUCAUGGGAGGUGGAGGACAUCGGCUCCUAUGGGCCAGGCUGGAACCGCUCUGCGAGCGAAAACGCCGCAAAGAUCCUCCACAGUCCCUGGCAGUACCAAACCCAGGCCAGACUCAGAGCCCAACCCACCUGGGGCAGUGUGGUCCUCUACAGGGGAGGGGGGUUUGUGGUGGACCUGGGCCCUGACUCACAGAAUGCUAGCAGCCCUCAGACGAAGAGGAGAUAGUGGAUCUGAUGCUGAUGAAGUUCUGCAGCUUGUUCGGGAUCAAAUAUAAGAAAGAAGAUAAAGAAGAAAGUAACAGUCCCAACAAUGCAGCUGUUACUAAGAAAGGACCCUCCACUAUAUCCUCAUAGAUGCUUAGUUCUCAGUAAAGAUCUGCCACUCUGUAUGAAUUGAUAUUCAAAUCAAAUCAAAUUGAUUUAUACAUCAGCUGAUAUCUCAAAGUGCUGUACAGAAACCCAGCCUAAAACCCCAAACAGCAAGCAAUGCAGGUGUAGAAGCACGUUGGCUAGGAAAAACUCCCUAGAAAGGCCAAAACCUAGGAAGAAACCUAGAGAGGAACCAGGCUAUGUGGGGUGGCCAGUCCUCUUCUGGCUGUGCCGGGUGGAGAUUAUAACAGAACAUGGCCAAGAUGUUCAAAUGUUCAUAAAUGACCAGCAUGGUCGAAUAAUAAUAAGGCAGAACAGUUGAAACUGGAGCAGCAGCACAGUCAGGUGGACUGAAGACAGCAAGGAGUCAUCAUGUCAGGUAGUCCUGGGGCACAGUCCUAGGGCUCAGGUCCUCCGAGAGAGAGAAAGAAAGAGAGAAUUAGAGAGAGCAUAUGUGGGGUGGCCAGUCCUCUUCUGGCUGUGCCGGGUGGAGAUUAUAACAGAACAUGGCCAAGAUGUUCAAAUGUUCAUAAAUGACCAGCAUGGUCGAAUAAUAAUAAGGCAGAACAGUUGAAACUGGAGCAGCAGCAUGGCCAGGUGGACUGGGGACAGCAAGGAGUCAUCAUGUCAGGUAGUCCUGGGGCAUGGUCCUAGGGCUCAGGUCCUCCGAGAGAGAGAAAGAAAGAGAGAAGGAGAGAAUUAGAGAAUGCAAACUUAGAUUCACACAGGACACCGAAUAGGACAGGAGAAGUACUCCAGAUAUAACAAACUGACCCUAGCCCCCCGACACAAACUACUGCAGCAUAAAUACUGGAGGCUGAGACAGGAGGGGUCAGGAGACACCGUGGCCCCAUCCGAGGACACCCCCGGACAGGGCCAAACAGGAAGGAUAUAACCCCACCCACUUUGCCAAAGCACAGCCCCCACACCACUAGAGGGAUAUCUUCAACCACCAACUUACCAUCCUGAGACAAGGCUGAGUAUAGCCCACAAAGACCUCCGCCACGGCACAACCCAAGGGGGGGUCGCCAACCCAGACAGGAUGGCCACAACAGUGAAUCAACCCACUCAGGUGACGCACCCCUUCCAGGGACGGCAUGAGAGAGCCCCAGUAAGCCAGUGACUCAGCCCCUGUAAUAGGGUUAGAGGCAGAGAAUCCCAGUGGAAAGAGGGGAACCGGCCAGGCAGAGACAGCAAGGGCGGUUCGUUGCUCCAGAGCCUUUCCGUUCACCUUCCCACUCCUGGGCCAGACUACACUCAAUCAUAUGACCCACUGAAGAGAUGAGUCUUCAGUAAAGACUUAAAGGUUGAGACCGAGUUUGCGUCUCUGACAUGGGUAGGCAGACCGUUCCAUAAAAAUGGAGCUCUAUAGGAGAAAGCCCUGCCUCCAGCUGUUUGCUUAGAAAUUCUAGGGACAAUUAGGAGGCCUGCGUCUUGUGACCGUAGCGUACGUGUAGGUAUAUACGGCAGGACCAAAUCAGAGAGAUAGGUAGGAGCAAGCCCAUGUAAUGCUUUGUAGGUUAGCAGUAAAACCUUGAAAUCAGCCCUGGCUUUGACAGGAAGCCAGUGCAGAGAGGCUAGCACUGGAGUAAUAUGAUCACAUUUUUUGGUUCUAGUCAGGAUUCUAGCAGCCGUAUUUAGCAGUAACUGAAGUUUAUUUAGUGCUUUAUCCGGGUAGCCGGAAAGUAGAGCAUUGCAGUAGUCUAACCUAGAAGUGACAAAAGCAUGGAUUAAUUUUUCUGCAUCAUUUUUGGACAGAAAGUUUCUGAUUUUUACAAUGUUACGUAGAUGGAAAAAAGCUGUCCUCGAAAUGGUCUUGAUAUGUUCUUCAAAAGAGAGAUCAGGGUCCAGAGUAACGCCGAGGUCCUUCACAGUUUUAUUUUAUUGGAACUGCUUUCAUUUAUGUUGCUCAAUAGGAGUAUUAAAACACGUUAUAUCAAGA